AUGGCUCCAUCUCCAUGGAAGGGCAAGGGCAGGGCCUCCAACAACCAGGAUUCGCGCCGUCGAGCCCUAGAACGCUCGAUCGCGAGACACAACGUCAAGAGGGCGCGCCGCGCUGAGCAGCGUACCACCCGUAACGCCCCAGACCCCUUCGACACUCUCCAGGCCAUUGAUUGGCCACCUUCUGACGACAACGGAGACGAUGACGAUGACGAGACCGGCAACAACGCUGGUUUGGGUUCUCGGGAGCCAUCUGAGAACGAUUGGGCUGCCAUGUGUCGUGCCAAUGAGGCAAUGUCUCAAGAACUCGCGCAUUUGCGAGCAAUUUUUGGACGUAAUGACCAGCUUACCCACGGUGCCACCCCGGGAGCGUCUGGUUCGCGCUCUCGAAGUAGCGUUCCUCGUCCCUCCAGCGCUGCUCCUGUUUCCCUUGGGGAACCUGCCCUCGACUAUCCCCCCACUUGCCCGCCAUCGCAUACUCACCCAUCGCCUUCUGACGACCCAGCUCCCCGCCGUUUUGUGCCGCUCCCGAAGUCUAAGACCAGUGCGAACAUUGGCGACAUACAAAACGAUGCCGGACUCGGUGGCAACCUGGCUCGUUGGCUGGAGAUAAGCAACAUCAUACGUGAGCUUAUGACGCGGGUUGGGUUAGACUAUGGUAACUCGUGGUCGAAUCAGGACAAGACCAAGCUUGGUAUCUUGUACGCAUUGAUUCUCAAGGAGGCUCCCGAGCUCGGAGUCUUUCAAAACGGGUGGGGCACCGAGUGGCUCAGACACUCGAAUGUCAAAGCGGAGGACAGUGCUCAAGGUCAUGGUCCCCCUCCACCUCCACCUUUGGAGACUCCGUCUCCACAGCUGACCCUGAAGUCACCCCCACCGCCCUCUCCCCUCUUCCUUGCAGCAUCCCCCCUGCGAGAACCAACCCCUCUGCCUCAACCAGAGCCAGGGCCAGAGCAUGAGGCGCCCCAACCUCAAAACCCUCCCCAGCAAUCGCCCCCGCCACCAGCUUCCCCUCGGCUCCAGCGUGAACACCCCCCGGAGCUACCUACACUCCGGCUCUUGCACCCGCCUCCCGACUCGGAGCCUAUCCAUCCCCCCGCAGACCAGCCCCCAACCUCCCGGCGUCGUGGGCCUCGCGCUUGCCGUUUGUGCGGCGAUCCCAGCACCUCGCGCUCGCGGUACAACCUACGCACUCGCGGUGCUGCAGCAGCGGCUGCUGAGGCCCAAACAGUUGCGGCAAUCGAGGAGAACCAGCGGCAAGCGGGUGGAACCUUGGGGAGUAAGAAGCGCUCCUGUAGAAGCGAAUCGCCACUGCGCCUGCUGGAGGAGUCUGACGACGGCGGGCGAUUGAGCGAUGAGGACUACUGA